ACCCAUCGCAAGCUGCCAUGGCCGACCAUUUCCGCCCUUCCCUCUUGUACUCCGCGCCCUCCCGUCUGAGCUCCGAAGCACCUCCGCACCGCGAAAAAGACCCUAACAAACGAAAACACCACCUACACCGGCAUCACCACCACCACCGCUCGUCGCGCCACCAUGCAAAGGAGAUUGUGCAGUCCGCCUUCCCCUCGCAGCCGCCGACAAGCUUUGGCGAUCUGCUGAAGCAGGCGAAGGAGAGCAUCAGCAGCAGUCCGGCGGACAGCAGACGUGCGAGCGUUGCCGUUACAGACGGCGCAGCAGACAAGACAGGGCAAGCAGAUGUAAGUGGAGGGCUAGACGUUCCGCCGCUACGGAGGCUGGGCCGGCCGGAAGACUUGGUGCGCGAGCAGAGGAGGGUUGAGUUGCGGGAGGACGCACUCCGCUCCUCACUGCAGACCCUCAACGAACAGUCGAUGAAGACGUCGCGCCGCCUCGACGACACGUACUACUCCCUCCUCGAGCGCGUCGCCACUUGUCGCCAGACCAUCGGCAGUUUGCAGGAGCUGUCGAACCUGGCCAACGAGCUACAUCACAACUUCGAGGCCGACACGCAGGAGCUGGCGGAAGAUGUAGAGGGACAGUUCGAGGGCUUCAACAAUUUCGAGACACAGCAGGGGCAGGUUGCUGCGCUGGAACGCAGGAUACAAGCCGGGAAGGAGAAGGCUGAGGCGCUGAACGGCAGGCUGGCCGACGCGCGUAGCAGAGUGGAUAAGCGGAUGAAGCUGGAGGCAGAGCUGGAGCUUAGGAACACGCGCCAUGUGCGUAUCCUCUGGGGUAUCAUCGGCGCCCUCCUGAGUCUCGUCCUGCUGUCGAUCUUGUUCCAGCAGCUCCGACCCGUGCAUCCAGACACAGGGCACACACACGCGCUGGACUUUGCCUCGCGCGAGCAGAUCCUCAACGCGCCGAUACCGGAUAUGGCGAAGGAGGCUAUCAUGAGGCCGAAUAAGGCCAAGGAGCAGCUGGAUGUGCGGAUAGAGUCGCCCAGCGCGAGGGCCGAGGCUGGGGUGCCCGAGGACGAUAGAUUGCGUGUUUUCGAUGAGUUAUAGAGCUCAGAAGUCACUUGAUAUACGCCGAGAGUCUGCACACUUCAUGAUCUGUCAUACGUGUAUUGCAUGUUGUAAGGACUACAACAGGCUCAGUGCGGACUACUUUGCACGGUCACCACAUCCAGACCUAGACCCAGGGUUAAUUGUAC